UGUACCCUUUCUCGCGUGUAUUGAAUCGUCUCCCAUCUGUCUAGUUGUGUAGCCGUGCUCGGACAAUAGCUCGCCCAGCCCUAUUUCACAUGCUAAUACAUUUCUUUAGGAGAGCACCAGUGCAUUUAGCUACGCUAGGCUCCAGCUUUAUUCUCUGUCUGCACACAAGUAACCUGAUUCCCAGGGCAACAGUUGCCACCGCAAAACACCCAAGUGAGUGCAUUUGUUUGUACUAGUUCUAUUUGAAUCCAAGUCUUCAUAGUCAUUCAAGUAAAUAUUUGAAAAGGAAGUAGUUUGCAUGUAAUUAAUUCAACUUUACUGCUAUGAAAAAUAACUUGACUGUUUUGGCAGUGACAUUAGUGAGAAGAGAGCUUAGUGUGAAAGUUAAGACGGACCCCUUAGAAGUUUUUCAACGCACGAGGACCGGACUCCACUGCUGGGGAAACACAAGGCACAGCCCUGUCUAACGGAAUGAAACUUCCUGCUAUUCGCUUGAAUUCCACAACUCUGUCUAUUCCUCGAUCCACACCUGUCCGCCAAAGUCGCUGCCUUAUGGUCACUCCCCUGACAUUGCCCUUCAUCUCGCCUGCCUCGGCAGCACUGCCAGUCAGCCAGUCUGUCCCCAGACUGGACCCUCUCCAUCCUCCUCUGGCCCAUAGACGGACUGUCAGCCUGGAAACCCCUGCUGUGCAUCACCACAACCACCAGAGGGUGCUGGUUAUGCAGAGAACGGAGCACUAUAGGUAUCACCAGGUGUGGCGGAAGCCAUUCUACGGAUCCUGCACUGAAAGAGAGGAGUACAGAUCGGAGGUACGUCAGCAUCUGAAGAGGCAGAUGGAGGAGAAGAGGGCGGGGCUGAUGCUGAAGUUGACCAGUAAGGCAGAGGAGGCUGAGUUUUUACAGGAAGUGGAUCGCUUGGCUCUGUCCAAUGAGAAACAGCAGAGGAUCCAGCACAGCAGAGCGUUGAGACACUACAGAGAUGAGAACAAGAAGCUGAUGGAGCAGAGCUGGAGGGACAGGGCACUGAUUCGCUCUCAGGAGGCCCUGAUGGAGAGAGAACUGCUACGCCACAACCCCAUUAAUUGGAGCGGCACACUGAAAUAGAAGCACACACCUCUGCUCACAAAUUCUCUUUUUCCAUAGCUAGCUUUAUAGGGGACGUCACUAUUUUUAGGGUUAGGGUUAUUUAAUUAGGCAAGUCAGUUACGAACAAAAUCUUAUUUACAAUGACGGCCUACCCCGGCCAAACCCUAACGACGCUGGGCCAAUUGUGCGCCGCCCUAUGGGACUCCCAAUCACGGCCGGUUGUGAUACUGGCUGGAAUCGAACCAGGGUCUGUAGUGACGCCUCUAGCACUGAGGUAGUAGCUCCUGAGUGGCGCAGCGGUUUCCUUGAAUGGCUUUCAUCUAUCGUCUACAUGCAACAGCAGUGUUUUAGUAAGGUCUUCAGCAAUGAGCAGCAGUAGUUCAAAUUAAAUGAGCUUUUAGUUCAUUUCAACAUGUCAAAUAAAAAUGGUGAAAGGAUAUGGUAAAGAAAAUAGCACUCUGGCGGAAGAAAUGUUUUUAAAUAAUGGUCAUAAUGCAAGUAAGUGCAGCUGGGAAUCUUAGACCUAACAUAAACACACAUACUGGUUCUGGAACCUAAGGACAUGAUUAAAUAUUUUACUUUUUUUUUUUGAUUAUUGAAAAUGGAAAAAAUAUCAUUUGAAUAAAUGUUUUAUUCUAAGCGCACUAGCUUUCGUAGGUACUCAGGAUGAGGGUGGAACAAUGUGUUGGGAUGAUUGAGUGGAUGCAAAUGUUGACACAGUUCUGAUAAAAUACACUUGUGCAUUGUACAGUCGUGUCCAAAAGUUUUGAGAAUGACAAAUAUUAAUUUUGACAAAGUUUGCUGCUUCAGUGUCUUUAGAUAGUUUUGUCAGAUGUUACUAUGGAAUACUGAAGUACAAUUACAAGCAUUUCAUAAGAGUCAAAGGCUUUUAUUGACAAUGACAUGAAGUUGAUGCAAAGAGACAAUAUUUGCAGUGUUGACCCUUCUUUUUCAAGACCUCUGCAAUCCACCCUGGUGUGCUGUCAAUUAAUUUAUAGGCCACAUCCUGACUGAUGGCGGGCCACAUCCUGACUGAUGGCAGCCCAUUCUUGCAAAAUCAAUGCUUGGAGUUUGUGUUUUUUUGUUUGUCCACCCGCCUCUUGAGGGUUGACCACAAGUUCUCAAUGGGAUUAAUUAAGGUCUGGGGAGUUUCCUGUCCAUGGACCCAAAAUAUUUAUGUUUUGUUCCCCGAGCCACUUCGUUAUGACUUUUGCCUUAUGGCAAGGUGCUUCAUCAUGCUGGAAAAGGCAUUGUUCGUCACCAAACUGUUCCUGGAUGGUUGGGAGAAGUUGCUCUCGGAUGAUGUAUUGGUACCAUUCUUUAUCCAUGGCUGUGUUCUUAGGGAAAAUUGAGUGAGCCCACUCCCUUGGCUGAGAAGCAACCCCACACAUGAAUGGUCUCAGGAUACUUUACUGCAGGCAUGACACAGGACUGAUGGUAGCGCUCACCUUGUCUUCUUCGGACAAGUUUUUUUCCGGAUGCCCCAAACAAUCGGAAAGGGGAUUCAUCAGAGAAAAUUACUUUACCCCAGUCCUCAGCAGUCCAAUCCCUGUACCUUUUGCAGAAUAUCAGUCUGUCCCUGAUGUUUUUCCUGGAGAGAAGUGGCUUCUUUGCUGCCCUUCUUGACACCAGGCCAUCCUCCAAAAGUCUUCGCCUCACUGUGCGUGCAGAUGCACUCACACCUGCCUGCUGCCAUUCCUGAGCAAGAUCCCGCAGCUGAAUCAACUUUAGGAGCCGGUCCUUCUUGAGGACUUUCUUGAGCGCCCUUCUUCACAACAACUGAACUGCUCUCCUUGAAGUUCUUGAUGAUCUGAUAAAUGGUUGAUUUAGGUGCUAUCUUACUGGCAGCAAUAUCCUUGCCUGUGAAGCCCUUUUUGUGCAAAGCAAUGAUGACGGCAUGUGUUUCCUUGUAGGUAACCAUGGUUGACAGAGGAAGAACAAUGAUUCCAAGCACCACCCUCCUUUUGAAGCUUCCAGUCUGUUAUUCGAACUCAAUCAGCAUGGCAGAGUGAUCUCCAGCCUUGUCCUCAUCAACACUCACACCUGUGUUAACGAGAGAAACACUGACAUGAUGUCAGCUGGUCCUUUUGUGGCAGGGCUGAAAUUCAGUGGAAAUAUUUUUGGGGGAUUCAGCUCAUUUGCAUGGCAAAGAGGGACUUUGCAAUUCAUCUGAUCACUCUUCAUAACAUUCUGGAGUAUAUGCAAAUUGCCAUCAUAUAAACUGAGGCAGCAGACUGAAAAUUAAUAUUGGUGUCAUUCUCAAAACGUUUGGCCAUGACUGUACAUUACCCCAUUUUACCUGGUGCUGAUCACACACGCAUAUCAGAUUCUGAAAAAGGUUUUUGAGAAAAAAAAGAUGUUCAGAAAUGAAUUAUUGCAAACCAAUAAAAUGGGUGACAUCUUCA